UUCAACACCGAAACAAUUAUGCUGCCUUCAGUAUGUCUCGCACUGCUCGUCGUCUCUUUUGUCGAUAGAAAUGGUGUGUACGCGAACCCGAAGACAAUGAAGGAUGAUUUCAAUCCCUUGAAGUUCAAGGGCAAAUGGUGGGUGGAUAGCUUCAAUCAAGCUAUCUACGGAGACGCAGAUCGCUGCGCCCAUUUCACGAUUGGCAAAGACCAUGACAAUGUCUACAAAAUCAAGGCGGAAUUCAUCGACACUGACAAUGAACUCGUGGAAAUGAGCGUCGAUGUCACAGAAGAUGACCGGCAUCCUUCAAGGUUCAUACUGAAGAUCAACGCUGAUGUCAUCAUGGAGACGGCCAUUAUCGACACCGACUACGACAACUGGGCUGUUGUCUGGGCCAAGAGCGGAACAGCGGCUGCAUACCACGUUGUGACCCGAAAACCGAACGCCGAAGAUCAGUUCCUAUCGGCUAUUCAAGCUGUCCUGGACAAGGAAGGCCUGAAGAAAGAUGAUUUCAAGAAAGUGCCCAACAUGGACUGCUCGAAGAUGGACACAAUAUAA